UUUACCUUGUAAUGUAAAUGGUGGACCAUCAGUUGGUUUCUUUAAGUUGGUAUUAUUUUGACAGUGUUACCACUUCUUUUUUCUGUGUGGGCUGUAAAUCAAUUGGAAAUGGACGUCAAUCUUGGUCGCCAAAUCAUCGAAGCUAAUUUCCAUCUGGGAGGUUACGUUAACAAGCAGAACUGUAGGAUUUGAUGUUCUGAAAAUCCACAUGUCGACAUAGAAGAACAAAUGCAUCCAAAAAGAGUAACUGUUUGGUGUGGCUUUUGAGGUGGUGGUAUUAUUGGUCCCUUGUUUUUUCAAGUAGAUGGUAACAGCUUGACGGUAAACGGUGAACGCUUCAGAGACAUGUUGACCAGUCACCAGCCGUGAAACAAUCGAUCUUUUACGCACUUAGUUCGGUCAUCGCGUUAUCAGUCGUUUUGGAGACGUUCAUUGGCAAGCCCGCAGCUGCGAUUUAACGCCCAUGGAUUACUGGGGUACUGUUGAGGACCGCUGUUACACUAACGAUCCUCAAACAAUUGAUGUUCUUAAGGAAAAUAUCCGUAUUGAUUUAAUUGAAAUUAUUUUUCAUAAAUUAUGGGAAGGUGUAUUCUUCUGAAUAAAGUAUCGAGUGUUACAUAUUAUUGAGUGUAGUUUUAACACCAAUUUAAAAAAUAAACCAUCCUUUAUUAGUUUUUCACUUUUUGUUUUGUUACCCAGGCGCUUAUUGACUCUGCUAGGGUAUUUUCAUCACUCGGUACAUGUUCGCUUCCUGACGAAAAAACUCCUCUUCUGACGACAUCUUCGCUCCAAAUAUGACGAACAAUACUCCACCUAUGCAAAAUGACCUCAGUGUAAGGAGCAGAAAAGGAAAUCCAUUCUCCCCGGUUCACCGGAUCCAGCUGGUUGGCUUUUCCAGCGCUGAGGGGUGCCUACAAACACGUGCAACUCAGCUUGGAGCUGAGGCCAGAGGCGUACGACGGAAUUUUCUUCCUUACCGGCGAACGAGAUGACAUGACGGGGGAUUUCAUGGCGAUGCUGUUGCAUCAGGGAUUUGUUGAGUUCAGGUUUGACUGUGGCUCGGGAGUAGGUGUGGUGCGAUCCGAAGAGACGGUACUGUUGAACCAGUGGAACCAUAUCACAUUGUACAGACAUCGAUGGGACGCGUGGCUGCAACUGAAUAACGGAAAACAUGUCCAGGGGCGUAGUAAAGGACUUUUCUCCAGGAUCACGUUCCGAGAACCAUUAUUCAUAGGAGGGCCUGGGAAUACAACAGGAUUAGCGGAAAAAUUGCCGGUUGUGGAAGGAUUGAAGGGGUGUAUAAGACACUUGGAGGUGAACGAUCAUCCGUAUAAGUUUGCCCUGGAACCAAAAGGAGAAGCUACCAAAGGAUAUGGUAUCGAGGAGUGCACUGCAGAUAGGUGUAGCCGAGUGCCUUGUCAACACGGAGGCAAGUGUCUUACCAGCGAUUCGUCAGCUGUUUGUCUAUGUCCGUUGGGGUUUUCAGGAGACCUCUGCGAAAUCCGGGUUGAUUUACAGGUACCUUCUUUCAACGGUUCAAGUCACCUACGGUACCGAGGCCUCGGCGAUUCAGCCCUCACAUGGUUGGAGCUAUCGGUAGCCUUGAAGCCAACAGCUCCUGAUGGUCUGGUGGCCUACAAUGGCCGAAGGGCGGACGGAAGCGGAGACUUCAUGGCGCUGUACCUCAGGGAAGGCCACGUUGAGUUUGCUUACGACCUUGGUACUGGGUCUGCCGCGGCGACAAGUAGGAGAAGAGUACAGAUGGGGGAAUGGCAUCAGAUCAAAGUGUCCAGGACAGGAAGAUUGGCAGUUCUGAUCGUGGAUGAUCAACCUAUGGUAGAAGCGCUAUCCCCAGGCGCUUUCACGCAACUCUCGUUGCCACUAAACAUGUACCUUGGUGGCGUUCCCAACUGGAGCUCAGUGUCUCCUCAGGUGGCCGUGAGAAGCGCAUUCGUUGGUUGCAUACAAAAAGUGGCAGUCAACGGUCACCAAAUGCCUGUGUUAGCUGAAGCACUUGGGGGAGCCAACGUGGACAAUUGUCCGCAUCCCUGCGUAGCUCGACCUUGCGGGGAAGACGGUGAAUGCAUACCGCAGAUGGAUUACUUCACUUGCAGGUGUAAGCCUGGAUAUCGCGAUCAUCUGUGCGCUCGAAGACCUCCAGCGCCGUCUUUCCCAGGAACCCCUGGGGGUUUCCUCAGACUAGCUGAUCACCGUACCCUAGCCGCCUUGGAUGCACGACCACUGGUACUGAACGUCCGAUUUAGGCUGGCUACCAAGAAGAGCCAUAAAUUCGGUAGCAGCACCGAUGGCCUUUUGGCAGCGGCGAUAACAGGACGUCAGAUAACAACGUUAGGUCUAGAGAACGGAGGUCUUGUUCUGCGAUUCUCAGCGUGUGACGAAGAAAGUAGCAAUAUAGAAGAAAUCAGGGUCGUUCACAAUGGUACUGUCGUUUCUGAUGGGCUGUGGCAUCGAGCUAAAGCUGUCCGAGAUGGCACGUCAGGGCUGCUGAUCGUCGACGACGGUCCCGCCAUCACGCGGCAAUCCGUCCAACUACGCCGGCCGAGGUCACCGCCCGCGCUGACCACCUCUUCGGAGCAAGACGGCCUUUACGUGGGCGGAAUGCCGCCCUCACUUCUAGCCGCCCGCACGCCCUACGUCACCGGGAUCAGAGGAUGCGUCGCCGAUCUGGUGUUGAACCAGGACCAUCGGAUACGGUUGGAGGAGGCCGAAAGGGGAGGCGACGAAAUGGAAGAAGUAGGGGAGUGCGAUGCGGCUUGAGGGGGUUCCGGAGAGGUUUGGGGAAUUUGUUAGGGGGUUUUGGAGGAGGAUUUUGAGUGGAUAGGCAGUUAUUGCAAAUGUUGGGAUCUGUCGUCGAUGAUUCUCAAUACAAACUUGUUGGCCACCGCGUUAAUUUUUUCAUGUUCUGGUAGAUGAAGAACUGACAAUACAUUUUACAUUAGUAGUCAAAUAUCGCACAAUGAGAGACGUGGUAAAUUAAACAGUUUUUUCGAAAAAUGUUCAUUACCCGUAAUGAAUAUUUUAAUUAAUUUAAGUAACUAAAUUAUUCGGUUUAAUUAAACCGAAUUUUUGGAAUCAGCUUCAUUGAUAGUAACAUACUAUUAAACGAAUUUGCUUGAAAAUAGCGAACCAGGC